AAAAAACACCAAAACACAAAUAUCGUUCCUAAUUUUCUCGUCUUCUCCUCCAUUGUUUACCAAAAUCCCCACGCUGUCCCACCCCCCUCUCUCUCUCUCUCUCACUAAACCCGCCCCUCCUUUCUCUCUCUUCCCUUUCCUUUCCCCUUCCUCCGUUCUUCUCACUUCCAUCUCUCUCUCUCUCCUCCCUUUCUCACACACUGACUUUCCUCACGGUCCGCAACCAAUGGAAGUAGCUCAAUCGGAAUCUGCAAACACCGUGGAUGCCCAGCCAGUGGAUGAUCCGCCAUCAGCGCGGUUCACGUGGACAAUUGAUAACUUUUCGAGGCUUAAUAUCAAGAAGCUCUAUUCUGAUGUCUUUUAUGUUGGAGGCUACAAAUGGAGGAUACUGAUUUUCCCCAAAGGGAACAAUGUGGAUCAUUUGUCAAUGUAUCUAGAUGUUGCUGAUUCAGGUGCUUUGCCUUAUGGGUGGAGUAGAUAUGCCCAGUUCAGCUUGAGUGUUGUGAAUCAAGUUCAUAGUAAAUUCUCUGUUAGGAAAGAAACUCAACAUCAGUUCAAUGCACGUGAGAGUGAUUGGGGAUUCACUUCAUUCAUGCCUCUUGGUGAAUUAUAUGAUCCUGGUAGAGGGUAUCUUGUGAAUGAUACAUGCAUAGUUGAAGCUGAUGUUGCUGUACGUAGAGUUGUUGAUUACUGGUCACAUGACUCUAAUAUUCUGUCUGUUGAAGCUCAGGAGGAACAAUCUAAGGAUUCCAAGCCAACUGAUUCACAAGAUGAAAUUCCAGAUGUGCACGGAAGUGAGCAUCCUCUGAUAUCAGUUAAUGUGCCUCUGCCCCUAGAGCAAUCAAAACCCUCAGCCAAAAUUAAAGAACAGUCGGAACAAGAACCUGUUCUGGAGAAAACUAGAGUUCGUACUCAGGCUGAAGAUGAUCCCUUUUACAAUAAUGAAAAUCCUAUUACCCGCUCAACAGUACUGGAAAGUGAGGAAGUUUCAAGUCUUAAGGUGGAGGAUACACAAGAAGAAACUAAAAUGGUCGUGACCGGCCAAUCCAUCCCUCUUGUCAAUCAGUCAAGUGCAGAGCCUCCCGGGGAGCCAACUGUUGUAGAAGCAGGAAAAAGAUCCUCUUCAUUUGCUGAAUUUGAUAAGUUAUUUACUGACAUUCAAAAUCUCUUGGGAGGAGAAAGUUCUACGGCAAAAAAUUUCAGCAGCUUCCUCCCACCUCCAUGUAGCAUUGAGGAGAUUGCCGAUGCAAAAAAAUUCUUUAAACAAUGCCUCAAUAUGAGUCUUGCUAGUGUCAUCCAAAUGGACAAAGCUCCUAUGCUCAAGAAUUCACUUUCUAUCAUGCUAACUACCGGCAGGUUUCCUAGUAACAUGGGAGACAGGACAACGAAGUUUCUAGCGGACAUUGACCAAAGUUGUGAGACAUAUGAACUUGCAAAGCAAGACAUAGGUGUGGCCCAAGAGGAUGAAAUGGCUGUAGGUGAGCUGAAGACCGCUCUGAACCAAUUAUUUUCAGAAUUCAUAGCUCUAAGGAAUCAAGCUGAGACUGUUGAUCGAGAAAUAGCUAACCUAGAGAAACAAAUGGCUGAAAGGACGGCGAAGAAGGCGCAGCUUAGUAAGAGACUUGAAGAUUUGGCUGGUCGAGCAACUACUUCAAAACAGGCACUAGUCAGUGCUGAAGAGAAGAUGAGGCUGUCUGCGGUCAAGAAGGAACAAGCGGAGAAGAAGAUUGGUGACAUGGAAAGGUCAUGGGAAUCUUUGAAGGUUGAUUGUUCUCUAUCGCUUUAGUAAAUUUGCUGGACAUGUGAGGAUUGGGAACACGUUAUUUCAAGCUUCUUUUUGGAAAAGUACUCUCUCUUUUGGAGAACUGUGGACGUGCAACAGCUAGUUAAAAGAGAAACAAAGCAAAGUCACCGCUAAUCCCAAUUACUGAUUGUUUUGGAUCCAUGUAUUUUCUCUUUUGCCCAAAUCUUUUAAUCAUUGUGUUUGAUUGCUAAUGUCCAUGGGGAUCGGGUGUGGCGGUACAGGGUGGAAAUUUCUUAGAACCUUGUACACAGAAAAGACCUACAAGCAUAAUACCUGGACUUCAAUGUCAUCCGACCA